GGGGGCGGCGGAGCGGAGCGGGGCAGCGCCGCGGCGGCCGCAGAUCUGGAGUCCAGCUCAGCCUGAGCUCCUGGGAUCCUGUCACCAUGGAGACUGAAAGUGAGCAGAACUCCAACUCCACCAGCGGGAGCUCCAGUUCUGGAGGAAGCACCCGUCCUCAGAUAUCACAAAUGUCUCUCUAUGAGCGACAGGCAGUACAGGCCCUGCAGGCACUCCAGAGGCAGCCCAAUGCAGCCCAGUACUUCCAUCAGUUUAUGCUCCAGCAGCAGUUUAACAGCGCCCAGCUUCACAGCCUGGCUGCUGUCCAGCAGGCUACAAUUGCAGCCAGUAGACAGGCCAGCUCCCCCAACACUAGCACCUCUCAACAGACCACCACCACCCAGGCUUCUUUGCAUGCUAACAGUGAUACUCAAGCUCAGCAUACGAAUGAGAUCAACCUAGCCACCACAUCAGCUGCUCAGCUGAUCAGUCGGUCACAGAGCGUGAGCUCCCCCAGCGCCACAACCCUGACACAGUCUGUGCUCCUUGGGAAUACCACCUCACCGCCUCUCAACCAGUCACAGGCCCAGAUGUAUCUUCGGCCACAGCUGGGGAACCUGUUGCAGGUAAACCGGACCCUGGGCCGCAAUGUGCCUCUUGCCUCCCAACUCAUCCUGAUGCCCAACGGGGCUGUGGCUGCUGUCCAGCAGGAGGUACCACCCACUCAGUCUCCUGGGGUCCAUGCAGACACAGACCAGGUGCAGAACUUGGCUGUGAGGAGCCAGCAGACCUCCACCACUAACACCCAGCUCCAAGGCUCUGCUCAGAAGGCAGCUCUGCCAGGAAGCUCCCAGGCUUCGGGCUUACCGCAGGCCACCAGCACAGGCCAGACCGUGGCAGUGGCUCAGGCCUCCUCUGGCACUGCAGGCCAGUCCCUCAACCUGAGCCAGGGAGCAACAGGCAGCAAUGGUGUCUCCGGGGGUGUGGUGGCAAGUGGUGGGAGCCAGACCUCAAUGGGACUGAGCCAGGCCUCCUCGGCAGGGGCUGCUGGCAGUUGCCAAAGGAAGGGCACAGGGGUGGUUCAGCCCUUACCGGUAGCAGCUGCUCAGGCUGUGACUGUCAGCCAGGGAAGCCAGACAGAGACAGAGAAUGCAGCCACAAAGAAGGGUGAAACAGACAGCAGCGGACAACAAACAGUGGGCAUGAACCUGACCAGGACUGCUACACCAGCACCCAGCCAGACCUUGAUUAGCUCAGCAACGUAUACGCAGAUCCAGCCACACUCACUGAUCCAGCAGCAGCAGCAGAUCCAUCUGCAGAAGCAAGUGGUGAUCCAGCAGCAGAUAGCCAUUCAUCACCAGCAGCAGUUCCAGCACCGCCAGUCCCAGCUCCUCCACACAGCCACUCAUCUUCAACUGGCCCAACAGCAGCAACAGCAGCAAGCAGCAUCUCUGACCCAACAGCAGCAGCAAGCUCAGCCUCCGCAGCAGCAGGCUCCACCUCAGAACCAGCAGCAGGCUCAGACCCUUGUGGUGCAGCCUAUGUUGCAGUCCCAACCCCAGCAUUUGCAGCUCCAGCAGGACAGUCCUUGCCAGCCAGCCACAAAGUCACCUGUUCCAAUUCAGUCAAAAUCUCUGGUCACCCCCAUCAAACCACCUCAGCUUGGGCCUGCCAAAAUGUCAGCAACACAGCAGGCUCCACCACAUAUCCCAGUGCAGGUAGUGGGAACUCGGCAGCAGGGCUCAGGCCAAGCCCAAGCGCUGGGUUUGGCUCAGAUUGCUGCAGCAGUGCCGACAUCCCGGGGAAUGCCAGCUGUAGUCCAGCCCGUUUCCCAAACCCAUGCUGCUUCCCCAUCAUCAUCUUCAGCUCCAGCAUCCUCCCAGGAAGCUCCCCCUCUCACCACAGGGGUGAAUUUGGCACAAGUUCAAGGCACAGCCCACAUGGUGAAGAGCCCAGCUUCCUCUCCAGUUGUGGCUCAGAUGCCAGCAGCAUUCUACAUGCAGUCUGUCCAGUUGCCAGGCAAAUCUCAGACCUUAGCAGUAAAGCGCAAAGCAGAGUCAGAGGAGGAGAAGGAGGAGUCGCCCAAUGUCACUGCACUCCUGCCCGCCAGGUCCUCUCCUGUAACAGACAGCCCCAAAAACACAGAGGAGAAGAGUGGCCUUGGAGAUAAUUCUGACGCUGCUGCCAUUGCAACCCCAAAUACCACGUCAAGUGAAGGAGCCUCAGUUCCCCCCACCUCUGCUUCCACCCCAAACCUGGCAAUGGUGUCACGUCAGAUUGGAGACUCCAAACCCCCACAAGCCAUCGUCAAGCCUCAGAUCCUCACACACAUCAUUGAAGGCUUUGUCAUCCAGGAAGGAGCAGAGCCCUUUCCAGUGGGUUGUUCUCAGCUGCUGAAGGAAUCUGAGAAACCGCUGCAGGGAGAGGCUCCUUCUGGCCAGAAUGAAAACCUGUCCAGCAAUUCCCUGGGAGGGGACAGUGCUUCCAUGGAGCUUGAUAAGAAGGCAAACUUGUUGAAGUGUGAAUAUUGUGGGAAGUACGCCCCAGCAACCCAGUUCCGUGGCUCCAAGAGGUUUUGUUCCAUGACCUGUGCUAAAAGGUACAAUGUCAGCUGCAGCCAUCAGUUUCGGCUGCAGAGAAAGAAAAUGAAGGAAUUCCAGGAAGCAAACUAUGCUCGUGUGCGCCGACGGGGACCACGGCGCAGCAGCUCCGAAAUUGCUCGAACAAAGAUCCAGGGCAAGCGCCACAGGGGUCAGGAAGACUCAAGUCGAGGCUCUGAUAACUCCAGCUAUGAUGAAGCCUUGUCCCCUACAUCUCCAGGACCCCUGUCAGUAAGAGCCAGUCAUGGAGAGAGGGACCUGGCAAACUCUAGUAUGGCCCCACCUACCCCAGAUCUCCACGGCAUCAACCCAGUCUUCCUGUCCAGCAAUCCUACUCGUUGGAGUGUGGAGGAAGUGUACGAGUUCAUUGCAUCACUGCAAGGGUGCCAGGAGAUUGCUGAGGAGUUUCGGGCACAGGAAAUCGAUGGUCAGGCCCUAUUGCUUCUAAAGGAGGAACAUCUCAUGAGUGCCAUGAACAUCAAGCUGGGACCAGCUCUCAAGAUCUGUGCCAAGAUCAAUGUCCUCAAGGAGACCUAACAGCUCUGAAGCCAGAGGUCUCACGUUUGCUGUGACGCCAGGGCAGCUGCCAGUUUUGGAGCAUCCUGCUGGGGCAGGGAAGAAUGGAACAGUCCCCUGUGGUCUUGCAUUCAAGAAGAAUGAGAAGGAAUUUAACUGAUUGAAAUUGCCAUGCACAAGCCCAUGUCUUGGUCUCUUAAUGGUGCUAUGAGGUUGAGGAGAACUGUCACCUGGGGCCUUUAAACAACUUUCCUUCUUACCGAUUUUGAAUAUGACUCCCCUAUAUACUACAUAAAGCUGUGAAGGGGAUCUCUUUCUGUCUUAGAAGACUUCUGAAAGGGAACUGCUCUAACCUGUGUUUGCCAUGGCAGGUCUGCUAGAUACUAGUUUUGAAUAUCACUGCCAGAACUUGGGACACAAGGAGAGCUGGCCUGACAUGGACAUUGGGAGCACCUGUGCUUGGGGUUUUAUGAAGGGUAACUAGGAAAUUCUGAGUGACAGAGGUGGACAAAGAAGAAUUUGAGCAAAAGGGAUGCUGCUUUUCCACUUUUGAAAAUACCUAGGCUGCUCAUGAACUGGGUUUAAUAGCCAUUCCAGCACACAUACCAAACCUGAAGGCCUAUGGCAAUAGGGGCUGUUGUGUCUUCACUCUGCAUGUCUACAGGAGACAGUAAAGCUGAAGUGUUGUGGCAGCUGUUCACUCCAGGUGCUCCUCUCAGAACCAGACAGAGGAUUUUUCCUGAGUGCUCAUGACAAAGCGAUGGGAAAGUCGAAGGGGAGGGGAUUGUCUAAUAUUAGGGAACCUUGCAGCACUAGGUUUGUCUUCCCAUUGUGCUAGGGCAUAAUUUUCAGAUCCAAAGGAGUCUCCAGAAGCACCAAGGCUCUUUGUGAAACUGGGCUGGUUUGUUUGGGUUUUUUUCUUUUUGUGUGUGUGCGUGUUUUCUUACCAAUUUGUAUUCUUUUUGUGUCUAUCUUCAUUAUCCUCAGGAGAGCUUAUGGGACAAAAUUUAAGCUGGCAGGAUUGUACUGCCUGCCUAAGGCUUUUUUUGUUUGUUUGGUUGUU